GGCGGAGUUUCCCCCCACGGCCUUAUAGUCGGCUCCCAUGAUCCUCUCCUUCUUUUCGCCAUCUUCCGCUUUGACUGCCGGCAGCCGCCAUGAAGGUUGAGCUGUGCAGCUUCAGCGGGUACAAGAUCUACCCGGGACACGGGAGGCGCUACGCCAGGACCGACGGGAAGGUCUUCCAGUUUCUGAAUGCAAAAUGCGAGUCUGCAUUCCUUUCCAAGAGAAAUCCUCGGCAAAUAAACUGGACUGUCCUCUACAGAAGAAAACACAAAAAGGGACAGUCGGAAGAAAUUCAAAAGAAAAGAACAAGACGAGCAGUCAAAUUUCAGAGGGCCAUCACUGGUGCAUCUCUUGCUGACAUAAUGGCCAAGAGGAAUCAGAAACCAGAAGUUAGAAAGGCCCAAAGAGAACAAGCUAUCAGGGCUGCCAAGGAAGCAAAAAAGGCUAAGCAAGCAUCUAAAAAGACUGCCAUGGCUGCUGCUAAGGCUCCCACAAAGGCAGCACCUAAGCAGAAGAUUGUGAAGCCUGUGAAAGUUUCUGCUCCACGAGUUGGUGGAAAACGCUAAAUUGGCAGAUCAGAUUUUCAAAUAAAGAUCUGUAAUUCUAAUUUGUGCUGGAUUUUUACAAUGUUGGGUCUAUGUGGUAAUAGAUGAACUAUCAAAUUAAAAAUUUAA